AUGAGUGUUGCGGUGAGCAAGUCCUCGCCGGUGGUCGUCCGGCCAUCGGAGCCGGCGACGACGAGCAGCACCACCAUAAAGCUCUCGUCUUUCGACAAGGGUCUAGAGAGGAUGCCAACCGCCGCGCUGCUCGUGUUCGAGCACCCGAUCCAUGAGACCACCGAGACCAUAAAGAGGGCCCUGUCCCAAGCGCUAGUCCACUACUACCCUUUCGCCGGCCGUAUGGUCGCCGGAGCCGACGGCGACGACGCGGGGCACAUAGAGUGCAGCGGCGAGGGCGCGGUCUUCGUCGCCGCGUCCGCCAGCUGCGCCGUGGAGGAAGUCAUCGCCUCCGACCACUCACCUGCCUCGAGGGCGCUGCGGAAUGACCUCGCCGUCUGCUACCCAGGCGAGAGCUGCGGCCCCGCCGACCCUUUGCUGCUGGUGCAGGUGACGGAGUUCUCGUGCGGCGGGUUCGUCCUCGGGGUGACCUGGAACCACGCCGUCGCCGACGGCGCCGGGAUGGCGCAGUUCCUCAAGGCCAUCGGCGAGCUCGCCCGCGGGUUGCCAUCGCCGUCCGUUGCGCCGGUGAGGCGGGACUAUUCACUCCCGAGCCUCCCGGCCGUCGUCCCGAUCGACAAGCUGCUGAGCCUCGAACCGUUCGACGACCUCGUCUACCUCGACUUCACCGUACCCUCGAGCGCGAUCGGCCGCCUCAGGGCCGACUUCGGCAGCCGCUUCGGCGGCCAUCCAUGCUCCGUGUUCGACGCCGUCAGCGCCGUCGUGUGGCGGUGCCGCACCCGCGCCGUCAUGUCCGACCCGGAGGCCCCGGCCGCGCUCUUCUUCUCCGCGAACGCGCGCAGGCACGUCGGUGCCAAGCAAGGGUACUACGGCAAUUGCGUGACGGCGCAGCUGGUGACGGAGAAAAGCGGCACGGUGGCCGGCGGGGACGUCGUCGAGCUGGCGAAGAAGAUCCGGGACGCCAAGGAGACGAUAGCCGACCAGUUCAAGGACGCCGAAGGCGGCGGCCCGCGGCGAGCGGCCACGCGCCCGGUGCUCCAGGAUCGGUACGACAUGGUGAUCGUGUCGUCCUGGCAGAACCUGGGCUUCGACGAGGUCGACCUCGGGAGCGGGAGGCCGGCGAGGGUGACGUCGCGGAUGCGGGAGAGGCUGCACUUCCCGGCGUUGGGGAUACUGCCGCCGUGCAAGGGGAGGGACGGGGCCAACGUGCUGUCCGUCGUCGUCAAGGAGAAGCACGCUGAUGCCUUCCUCGGAGAACUAGCAAGGUUCAUAGAUGUUAUUAAUGCGGUCUAA